AGGCUGUUCAUCAUAACGCACCAGUAACUGCGCGUAGCAACACCCACCCGCUCAUCGUUCUGCACCCUCGCAAACCGCCAGCCUGUGCCCUCUCUUCGUGUGUGUUCUCCAACCGUUGGGAGCUAACCCGAGAAGAAUAAGAAGACAGCUUCGACAGCCACUCUCAUGGUGGCCUCGCUUGCUUCAUCUUUUGUUGCUUCUGUUGUUUUACGUGGUGCCCUGCAGUUACAACGUGCCUGAACUCGGAAUUCGUAGUCAUCCUCCCCACAGAGGCCUUUCGUCAUUCAAAACAGAGGAAAAGAGAGAUCAGUGCGCUUUCAAGAUGGAGUUCGCCAAGUCUUCUAGCCUCUGGGACGGCUUCCUGUCCUCGCUGUCGAUGAUUAUCGUGAGUGAGAUCGGAGACAAGACGUUCUUCAUUGCCUGCCUGAUGGCGAUGCGCCACCCACGCCUAACGGUGUACCUCGGCGCCAUCUCCGCGUUAGCUGCCAUGACGGUGCUCUCCGCGCUGAUGGGCGUCGUCGUGCCGACGCUGCUCUCCGUCUACCUGACGCAGAUGCUGGCCGCGGUUCUCUUCCUCGUCUUUGGCGGCAAAAUACUCUACGAUGAGCUCGUGCGCAAAAAGGCGGAGGAUGAGGAGAGCGAGGACGAGAUGGCCGAGGCGGCUGCGGCGCUGCGCCGGCGUGACCCGAGCGACCCGGCGGAGACCGGCAGCGUUGGCUCGUCCGUCUACGCGAGCGCGCCUGCCCGUCGCUGGCGGAGGCUUUUGAACCCCGUCAUGGUGGAAGCCUUCACGCUCACCUUUGUUGCGGAGUGGGGCGAUCGCAGUCAGUUGGCAACCAUUGCGCUGGCGGCUGCGAAGAACCCCUACGCGGUGACGGUCGGUGGUGUGCUUGGCCACGCCAUAUGCACCGGCGGCGCGGUGCUGUGUGGCAACCUAAUUGCGCAGCGUGUGUCCAUGAAGACGGUGAACGUGGUGGGCGGCUUGCUCUUUAUCUUCUUUGGUGCGGCGACGUUGUACGAGCUGCUCACGCGGCAGCACGACAUUGAGAAAACGCACAAAAUCCCCGCGUCGAAUGCGCCAGCCAAGUUUUUCUGA